AUGAUGUUCAGCAGUUUACCAUCGGCGCAAGAGCGCAGCCAGGAAAUGCAAUCACCGGUUAGCUCACCGGAGCUCAUCGACCCCCGCUACAACCAUAUGCGCAUACCGGCCUCGUCAAGUCGCAUCUUGUACGAUGUUCCUUGCAAGGUAUGUCGGGAUCACAGCUCCGGCAAACAUUACGGCAUCUACGCCUGUGACGGAUGUGCCGGGUUCUUCAAGCGCUCCAUUCGCCGGAGCAGACAGUACGUGUGCAAGUCCAAGUCGGAGAUACCGUGCGUGGUGGACAAGACGCACCGGAACCAGUGCCGCGCCUGCCGGCUGAAGAAGUGCUUCGAGGUGGGCAUGAACAAGGAUGCGGUGCAGCAUGAGCGUGGCCCGCGCAGCUCCACCCUGCGCAAGCAGAUGGCCCUGUUCAUCUCGAAGGAUUCGCCGCUGCGCCACGAUAUGAUGCUAACGCCCGGCAUACCGAUACCGCACCACGGGCACCAUCACACCCAUCACCACGGCCACCAUGCCCAUCAUCAGCCAUCGAUGGGGCUGGAUCUGUCGCUCGGGCGCAACCCGUUCCUGACACCGCCCCCGUCGGCACCGGCCUCCGCACCCUAUCUGCCACCGCCGGUUCUCUUCCCGGGCAUGCAGGCUUCCCAUCCGCUGGUCGCGGUGGACGCAAUCCGGGAGUCGGCCGCCCAGCUACUCUUCAUGAACGUCAACUUCCUGAAAAGCCUCACACCGUUCAUCCAGCUCCCGAUGGCGGACCAGCUCGUGCUGUUCGAGGAGUCGUGGCGCGAGUUCUUCAUACUGGCCGUCGCCCAGUACCUAGCGCCAAUCAACUUCAGCCAGCUGCUGAUCGCGUACGAGUACCUGAACAACAACCGCGGCGAAAGUGGCAACGUGAGCGAGUUCCUCGUGAAGGAGGUCGAGAUCUUCCAGGAGGUGCUAGCCCAGCUCGCGGCGCUGCGCGUGGAUCCGAACGAGUACGUCUACCUGCGGGCGAUCGUCCUGUACAAGAGUGAGUUUGACGCCGAAACCAGCAUCUCCAGCGUGAGCAGUGACGGUUCGGACGUGACGACCGCUUCGUCCGCCGGCUCCGCCAAAUCCAUCAGUGAGAUUGCCACGGUCCGAGCGCUGGAGGAAAGUGCUAAGGAGGCGCUUGCGUCCUACAUCAGCACGUGCCGACCCGGACCGUCCAACCGGUACCGUACGUUGCUCCAACUGCUGCCCGUGCUGCGCAACGUCUCCAGCUACACGAUCGAGGAGCUGUUCUUUCGGCGCAACAUAGGUCCGGCACCGCUGCUCAAGCUACUGCUCGACUUCUAUCGGCAGAAGUAA